GCGGCUGAAACUUGAAAAUUUUAGGGUUUAAGGUAUUGGUCGAAGAAGCAAAAAAUCCCAGAGAGCGAGCACCGUCGCCAAAAUGUCGAAGAAAAACGAUUUAGGUCGACGGAAAAGACAGCACGAAUUCAAUCUUCGAAAGGAAAAAGCAGAGAAAGAAAAGCUAGAGAAGAAGCUACAAGCAAAAAAGAACAAGAUGAAGGUGGAUGGUAAGGACAAGAAGAAGAAAGGUGGAAGUGGGUUUCAAGUGGGGAAGAAAAAAUUGAAGACGAAGUUGACACCAUUGGCCAAAGCUAAAGCUGCACAAGCAAUGGAGGUUGACAAAUGAGAUUAUGCUGUAAUUCGGUUAGGUGUAUGUAUGUGGGCAAUCAAUCAGAAAGUUUGGUUGAUUAGAUAACUGGAUUGGUCCUCCUUGUCUUCUUUUUCACCAUUUCAUCCUUUGGUCUGUGAAAUUGAAGAAGCUCUUACGUCUUUUCUCUGCAAUUAGUUGAUAAAGAAUUGAUAAUUGUUCAUGUUACGUAGUUCUUAUUCAAUAUUCUUUCUCGUGCUUUUA